GUAUUGUUGAGAGGCCCUUGAAUUUAAAAGAAUAUUUCAAAACUGCCACUGCUUGUCUUCAUUCCCUUCCUUGUCCUCUUUCUCAGAAGAAUCUCCGGCUAAAACCUCCUCCUCUGGGAACCUGUUUCUCGAAGAAAAUGGUUUCCGUUUCUUGCUCUUGUCCAGUUUCUAGCUUUCGAACCGUAGAACUUUGUGCUCGUAUCGUCCCUCCGCUGUUUUUUGCCGGAAAUCAUGUACGAGUCACUUCCGGUACGCUCCGAAUCGGAGAAGGUUGUUUCCUAAACUUCAAUCGUGAGAAACCACAGAGAUUCGUUAUUUCCGCUGUUGUGGAUGAGAAAAGUGUUGCAGCACCUAAAGAGAAGAAAGACGGUUCUGAAAACGUUGUAGAUAACCAGAAAAUGAUCAAAGUUUGUGAUAAGCUCAUUGAGGUUUUCAUGGUUGAUAAGCCCUCACCAUCUGAUUGGAGAAGACUGUUAGCUUUUAGCAAAGAAUGGGAAAGUAUCCGGCCGAAUUUCUACGAAAGAUGUCGAGAACGGGCUGAUUCCGAGGAUGAUAACCCUGAGAUGAAGCACAAGAUUCAUCGGCUUGCAAGAAAGCUUAAGGAGGUCGAUGAAGAUAUUCAAAGGCACAAUGAGCUUCUGAACGUCAUCAAGAGGACACCACCGGCUGAAAUCGGUGAACUUGUUGCUAGGCGGCGUAAGGAUUUCACGAACGAGUUUUUCGAGCAUUUGCAUACCGUUGCAGAGUCCUACUACGAUAAUCCGGAUGAGCAGAACGCUCUUGCAUCACUUGGAAAAUUGUGUAUCGCGGCUGUACAAGCUUACGACACUUCAACGGAAAGCAUCGAUGCACUAAACGCUGCUGAAUUGAAGCUACAAGACAUAAUCAACUCACCUUCUCUUGAUGCUGCCUGCAGAAAGAUUGAUAGUUUGGCUGAGAAGAACCAACUUGAUUCCGCUUUGGUUCUUAUGAUCACAAAAGCUUGGUCUGCUGCAAAAGAAUCCAACAUGAUGAAAGAUGAGGUGAAAGACAUAUUGUAUCAUUUGUACGUAACAGCGAGAGGGAAUCUGCAGAGGCUUAUGCCUAAAGAGGUGAGAAUACUUAAGUAUCUACUAUCGAUAGAGGAUCCCGACGAACAGAUGAGCGCUCUACAAGACGCUUUUACCCCUGGGGAGGAGCUCGAAGGGACUGAUGUAGACUACUUAUACACGACGCCUGAGCAUUUGCAGGGCUUGAUAAAGACGGUGUUAGAGGCGUAUCAUUUUAGCAGAGAAGGGAGUUUAGUGAAGGAAGCCAAGGACCUUAUGCAUCCUGAGCUCAUUGCCAAAAUGGAACAACUCAAGAAGGUUGUUGAAAAGAAGUAUUUGUGAUCAAGAUUUUACAGAUCCUAGCUUAUCUCUCUUCUUUAGUUUCUAUGUACGUGUGUUGUACAUGGUGUUUGACAUUCUUGAGGUUUCACACAUAUUUGAUACCACCUUCAGACUUAGACUAUAGAUAUGCUGCAGUAUUUCUUGAUUGUAAUGUUUAGUAUUUAAUACUCCCUCCAUUUUUUAUAUAUGUUAUUUAAGGUUUUGCACAUAGAUUAAGAAGUUAUUUAAUUUUCUUUUUUUCCAAAACAAAACAUCAAUUCC